UGGCAGCAGAAGAGAGGCCUCGCGGGGCUGUGGGGAUCAGCCUGGGAGCCCAGUGGCUGGCACUGCAGACAAUGAUUUAGGAGAGAUGGGCACAAAGCAUGUGGAUCUUGUGAGACCUAAGGCUGGGAGAGGAAAAGCUGGUCACUUGGGAGGGAUCAGCAGCAGGGGCGUACACUGACCUGGGGGUUGAAUCCUGGAGAGAUCCUCUCUUGACCUCUGUUCAUCUGGAAGAUGGAAUGACGGUCCCGCCUGUCUGGGGAGCUGAGGGAGUAAAGCAGACCGUGCCAGGAGUGCUGAGCCUUGUGUCUGGAAGUAGGGAUUUUUCAGAGUUGGCGGUGUUCCCUUCCGUUUAUAGUCUGUACUCAAGAAUUAGUCUUACUGUUUCUGUUUCAAAUGCUUUGGGACCUUCUAGUGAAGUUUAGAUUUAACUCUUAAAAAUUUUGCCUGAAGUCUCCCUUAGAAGCCUAAGACUGCUAAUCUGAUCGUGACUCAUGGGCUGUUAUUUCACUUUUCCUGCUUCCUGUACAGAAAAGGGGAUCUGUACCUUUAAGUUCCCACAGAAGACCUGAUUGUGAUGCUGGCCCUUUAAGAGAAUUACAGAGAGUUGGAACAUGGCUUUUGUUUAACUAGCCAUGAUUGGUCCCAGUGGAUAGGACUGGAGUGCUGUGUCUAGAAGCAGGCACAGGGCUGGCCUGACUGAGGCUGGUGGGGACUAGCCAGUGAAGUGGCUAGGUAACUGGCCUGGCCUCUGUCCCCAACUUGGUAAAACUGGUAGCUGUGUUCAAAGCAUGGUCCCAUCUGAUGCCAAGGCUGAAGGAGUCUCGCUCACACGAGUCCCUGCUCAGCCCCAGCAGUGCAGUGGAGGCGCUGGACCUCAGCAUGGAGGAGGAGGUGAUCAUCAAACCUGUUCAUAGCAGCAUCCUAGGUCAGGACUACUGCUUUGAGGUGACCACAUCAUCGGGAAGCAAGUGCUUUUCCUGCCGGUCAGCGGCUGAACGAGACAAGUGGAUGGAGAACCUGCGGCGAGCAGUGCACCCCAACAAGGACAACAGCCGGCGUGUGGAGCACAUCCUGAAGCUAUGGGUAAUUGAGGCCAAGGAUCUGCCGGCCAAGAAGAAAUAUCUGUGUGAGCUCUGCCUGGAUGAUGUACUGUACGCCCGUACCACAGGCAAGCUCAAGACGGACAAUGUCUUCUGGGGCGAGCACUUUGAGUUCCAUAACCUGCCGCCUCUGCGCACAGUCACUGUCCACCUGUACCGGGAGACUGAUAAGAAGAAGAAGAAGGAGCGCAACAGCUACUUGGGCCUGGUGAGCCUGCCUGCUGCCUCUGUGACUGGGCGGCAGUUCGUGGAGAAGUGGUACCCAGUGGUGACACCCAAUCCCAAGGGUGGCAAAGGCCCUGGGCCCAUGAUCCGAAUCAAGGCACGCUACCAGACCAUCAACAUCUUGCCCAUGGAGAUGUACAAAGAAUUUGCCGAGCACAUCACUAACCACUAUCUGGGGCUGUGUGCAGCCCUCGAGCCCAUCCUCAGUGUCAAGACCAAGGAGGAGAUGGCGUCGGCUCUGGUGCACAUCCUGCAGAGCACGGGAAAGGUGAAGGACUUUCUAACAGACCUGAUGAUGUCAGAGGUGGACCGCUGUGGGGACAAUGAGCACCUCAUCUUCCGGGAGAACACAUUGGCCACGAAGGCCAUCGAGGAAUACCUCAAACUUGUGGGCCAGAAGUACCUGCAGGACGCACUAGGUGAGUUCAUCAAAGCUCUGUACGAGUCGGAUGAAAAUUGUGAAGUGGAUCCAAGCAAGUGCUCAGCCGCUGACCUCCCCGAGCACCAGGGCAACCUCAAGAUGUGCUGUGAGCUGGCGUUCUGCAAGAUCAUCAACUCCUACUGUGUCUUCCCACGGGAGCUUAAAGAGGUAUUCGCCUCCUGGCGGCAGGAGUGUAGCAGCCGUGGCCGGCCAGACAUCAGUGAGCGGCUCAUCAGUGCCUCCCUCUUCCUGCGCUUCCUCUGCCCUGCUAUCAUGUCGCCCUCGCUCUUCAACCUGCUCCAGGAGUACCCCGACGACCGCACCGCGCGUACCCUCACGCUCAUCGCCAAAGUCACGCAGAACCUGGCCAACUUCGCCAAGUUUGGCAGCAAGGAGGAGUACAUGUCAUUCAUGAACCAGUUCCUGGAGCACGAGUGGACCAACAUGCAGCGCUUCCUGCUGGAGAUCUCCAACCCGGAGACCCUCUCCAACACCGCGGGCUUCGAGGGCUACAUAGACCUGGGCCGGGAGCUGUCCAGCCUGCACUCCCUGCUCUGGGAGGCCGUCAGCCAGCUUGAUCAGAGCAUUGUGUCCAAACUGGGACCCCUGCCUCGGAUCCUGAGGGAUGUCCACACAGCACUGAGCACUCCGGGCAGUGGGCAGCUCCCUGGCACCAAUGACCUGGCCUCCACACCAGGCUCUGGCAGCAGCAGCAUCUCAGCUGGGCUGCAGAAGAUGGUGAUUGAGAAUGACCUCUCUGGUCUGAUAGAUUUCACCCGGUUACCGUCUCCAACCCCCGAAAACAAGGACUUGUUUUUUGUCACAAGGUCCUCCGGGGUCCAGCCCUCACCUGCCCGUAGCUCGAGCUACUCAGAAGCCAAUGAGCCUGACCUACAGAUGGCCAACGGCAGCAAGAGCCUGUCCAUGGUAGACCUCCAGGACGCCCGCACACUGGAUGGGGAGGCAGGUUCCCCAGUGGGCCCUGACGCCCUACCUGCUGACGGGCAGGUGCCUGCAACUCAGCUGGUAGCUGGGUGGCCAGCCCGGGCAGCCCCAGUGAGCCUGGCAGGGCUGGCCACAGUGCGGCGGGCAGUGCCAACACCGACCACUCCGGGCACCUCGGAGGGUGCGCCAGGCCGGCCCCAGUUGUUGGCCCCACUGUCCUUCCAGAAUCCUGUAUACCAGAUGGCGGCUGGCCUGCCGUUGUCGCCCCGCGGCCUUGGUGACUCAGGCUCUGAGGGCCACAGCUCCCUGAGCUCUCACAGCAACAGCGAGGAGCUGGCUGUGGCUGCCAAGCUGGGAAGUUUCAGCACUACUGCGGAGGAGCUGGUGCGGCGGCCUGGUGAGCUGGCGCGGCGGCAGAUGUCACUGACUGAGAAGGGGGGGCAGCCCACAGUGCCAAGGCAAAACAGUGCUGGUCCCCAGCGAAGGAUUGACCAGCCGCCACCACCGCCGCCACCACCACCUCCUGCCCCCCGGGGCAGAACACCUCCUACCUUGCUGAGCACCCUACAGUACCCGCGACCCUCAAGUGGAACCCUGGCGUCAGCGUCGCCUGACUGGGCCGGCCCUGGCCCCCGGCUGCGGCAGCAGUCCUCCUCCUCCAAGGGAGACAGCCCCGAGCUGAAGCCCCGCGCCGUGCACAAGCAGGGCCCUUCUCCCGUGAGCCCCAAUGCCCUGGACCGCACAGCCGCUUGGCUAUUGACCAUGAACGCGCAGUUGUUAGAAGACGAGGGCCUGGGCCCAGACCCCCCCCCCAGGGAUAGGCUAAGGAGUAAGGAGGAGCUCAGCCAGGCCGAGAAGGACCUGGCAGUGUUGCAAGACAAGCUUCGGAUCUCCACCAAGAAGCUGGAGGAAUACGAGACCCUGUUCAAGUGCCAGGAGGAGACGACGCAGAAGUUGGUUCUGGAGUACCAGGCGCGGCUGGAAGAGGGGGAGGAGCGGCUCCGGCGACAGCAGGAAGACAAGGACAUCCAGAUGAAGGGCAUCAUCAGCAGGUUGAUGUCUGUGGAGGAGGAGCUAAAGAAGGAUCAUGCCGAGAUGCAAGCAGCUGUAGACUCCAAACAGAAGAUCAUUGAUGCCCAGGAAAAGCGCAUCGCCUCGCUGGAUGCUGCCAACGCCCGCCUCAUGAGCGCCCUCACGCAGCUGAAAGAGAGGUACAGCAUGCAAGCCCGUAACGGCGUCUCCCCCACCAACCCCACCAAAUUGCAGAUUACUGAGAACGGCGAGUUCAGAAACAGCAGCAAUUGUUAACCUGCCUGAGGAGAGGGGGACUGUGGUGGCCGGGGCAGGUCUCGGUCUGUCAGGAGGCUCCCCCGCUGCACACUCCCUGCCGUGGAGGGAGCACAAGACUGAUGGAGUGAGUCUGCGGGCACAGGCGUCUCCGCCCAGCUGCACAGCGGCUCUGGGUGGAGGCAGCAGAGGCUGCAGGCUGGGAAGCGGGACAGCCUGAAGGGCCUGCCAAAUGUGUCUGAUGGUUGUGGAAUUUGGUGUGUCACCUUCUCCUUGACCAGCCGAGUGCAUGUGCCCCUCACCCUUUGCCAGGGAGGGUAAGGUCUGGGGCCACUCCUGGGGGCUCUCCUUGCCCCUGGGACCCGGUGGCAUGGUCGGCUGGUGGACACAGUAGGGUUCUGGGGCCCCCGCUCCUCUGUGCCCUGAGCCACUGCCAUUGCAUGCAGCCCAUCAGGGACCUUGCUGGCCGCACAGAAGUGGAGUCACCUUGCUCCUGUGCGCGCCCCGGUCUCGACACCCUCCACCUCCUCCCUUCCUUGGCUGCAAUACCAGCAGACAGUGAGCGGUGCACUUCUCCCCACCUCCCUGUGGGAGGAGCCACAGCGGCCCGCACUUCACAUGGGGGCCUGCCUCAUGCUCUUGGGAUUCCCAGAAGCUAGAGAGCUGGGCAGAGGUGGCCAGGUGGCACCAUGCAUGGCAGCUGCCCUCUCCGGGUCCCAGUGCUUCCCGCACAGUGGCCUGUGGGGAGUGAGUGGCCGGCGGGGUCUCCCCCUGCAAAGGUGACCUCUUUUCUCUGAUGGUUUAACAGAAGAAUCUAGUACCUGCAGGCCCUGAGAAGGUGGAUAACGGUGAUUUUUUUUCCUUUCACAGUAUGCAUUAGAAACAAAAGCCCGCUUGCUCGCUUGCUGGAACACAGGGGCCUUUUAAAUUGAGCGUGCGCACUGCAUGGGAAAUAGCGGCCCUGGAGGAUGUUAGACUUGCUCCCUCUCCAAGACAGCAGCGGCCUGCACCAGGCCCCGUCCGUGUGUGCAGUCCGCCUCUCCUCACCCCCCACCCCAGCCAAGGACCCAGGCACUGCAGGCAGGGAGGGGCACAGCCCACAGCUGGGGCUGCCUUUCCCCAGCUCUAGGCUGCUCUGUAGCGUAUCUGCCCCUCCCCCCUUGUGGGACAGAGAUGGGCAGGAGCUUGGGUCUCGUGGGUCCCCAUCUGUUCCCACAUCCUAGAUUCCAAGCCCUGAUUCUGAGUCACCUAGGGCAGGAGCUAGGGCUUUUGCCCACACAGCAGAAUGGGCCUGGGCAAGCUGUACUUGUGCUCCUAGAGACCCAUUAGGAAGGGUGGAAGUCCUAGAGGUGUGGCCCAGCCACUGUACCUCAGCCUCACUCCGUGGACAGGCAAGGGUAGAUGUGACGCACAACCCAGUUAGGCUGCAGACAGAUGCUGGGAGAGAGGCCCCGCCACUGCCCUUCCUGCCCCAUUUCUGUCCACACCCCUGCGCCUGUGCAUUUCAGCCAGGGUGGCCCCUUAGCAGGGCCUGGCCUGGGUCUUGCCCUUCCACUGCCCAGGGAGCCCUGCUUUCCUCCUACCCCCUACUCUCGCCCAUGCCUCGUAAAGUGACCUCUGUCUGAUCGCCUCUUAGCAAUAUAGGGAGGUCCCCAGGCCUGGACAGGAGGGCGCAGGGCCAGAUGCAAUGGCCUCUCUGGUGGGCGUGUUAGCUCUCACGCCGAGAGCCUUAUUUACCUAGUGCAAAAACUGUAAAAGUGUACAGACUCCACAGAUUUUUAAUCUUAAUUGCAAGUCGACAAUUUUUGUAAAUGUUCUUGGUGUUUGACUGUAAUGGAACUAUUUCACCCAAGGGAUGUACAUAGUCCUUUAGUCCUGGUGCUGCGAGGGCUGGCCGGAUGCUGCUCUCACGGUUGCUACUGUAGCCUAGAGAACGGUGCUGGGCAGGACAGUGACCCUGAGCUUUGCAGUCUAGGUGUCUGUCCUUUUCCUGCCUGGGGCAUUGAUUUGUUGGCUUUGCAGCAUGCUGUCGGGGUGGGAGGUUGAUGGGGCACAUGCCCCAAUGGGGCCAGUAAAGCAUCCUCCUGCCCACAGCCUUGGGGCUGAGCUCUGCCUACAGCAAGGGCUGGAGUUGCCAGAAGCCCCGAGGGAAGGGUGGUCCCUGCUCUGGGAGACCCUGGCCACUGACACCCAGGCUCUGCUGGAGAGACCUGCCCCUCCCCCGCCAACACAGGCAACUGAUCUUUUUGUUCAACUUAUAUGUUCAGGAUUAAGGAAACUGCCAAACUUCCUUGGAGCGAAGACCUCUGACUACCCAGGAGUGGGGGUGGGGACCAGGGCCAGAGCUCCCCAUGUACCCCAGGACCUGUCUGAGGGACACCACUCCCUCAUACCUGUACGUCUGGGAGCCAGACUGUCCAGGG